CAGUGAUGAUCUUCAUACAAAGAGAAAUUCUCUCGUUCCCGCACCUUUUGCAAAACCCUGUAUAUCUUGAUCUUGUCCUACACUGCCUCCUGUCGUCCUCUCUCCGUUUGCAGUUCUCAAUUCGCGGGGACACUCGCCACAUUCUACGCCCGGUCUUGAAAUCUCCUCACCUCUACCACAGCUUCCGGCAUUUCCCACCAUGGCCGAAAAGACAACGUCCGAGGCCGCCAACGGAACGACGACCUACUCGGUCCCCUUCUUCCUGAACGGAAAGGAGGUUCAUCCCAGCGAGACCUUCAGUGUCAUCUCCCCGGCUACCGGCAAAGUCGUCCACAACUGCGGCAGCGCCACCGUGGAAGAUGCAAAAGCGGCGGUUGAUUCGGCCGCCAAGGCGUUCCGGUCAUGGCGCAAGACAACGCCGGGGUACCGACGCGACAUCUUCUUCAAGGCGGCAGAAGUCAUGCAGAGGCGGCGGGCCGAGCUGGCCCAGUACAUGACCGAGGAAACCGGGGGGCUGCCGCAGUGGUGCGAGUUCAACCUGGACGUGGCGAUUGACAUGAUCAAGGACGUGGCGGGGCGGAUCGCUACGGUAGAAGGGUCGUUCCCGGCGACGAAAGACCCCGACUUUGGGAGCAUUGUUUUGCGUGAGCCGUAUGGUGUUGUGCUUGCGAUUGCGCCGUGGAAUGCACCUUACAUCCUCGGCACUCGCGCCAUCGUCUUCCCCAUGGCCGCCGGGAACACCGUCGUCCUCAAGGGCACCGAGCUAUCCCCCCGCGUCAUGUGGGCCAUCGCCUCCGUGUUCCACGAAGCCGGCCUGCCCGCCGGCGUCCUCAACACCAUUACCCACAAGCCAGCCGCCGCCCCCCAAAUCACAUCCGCCCUGAUCGCAGACCCGCUGAUCAAGAAGAUCAACUUCACAGGCAGCACCGUGGUAGGCCGCAUCAUCGCCAAGCUAGCCGGCGAGAACCUGAAACCCGUCGUGCUCGAGCUGGGCGGCAAGGCGCCCGCCAUCGUGUGGGAGGACGCCGACCUCGACCUCGCCGCCGACCAGUCCGCGCUGGGCUCCUUCUUCAACGCGGGCCAGGUGUGCAUGUGCACCGAGCGGAUCCUGGUGCACAAGGCCGUCAAGCGCGCAUUCCUCGCCAAGCUGGCCGCCUCCAUCGACAAGUUCUUCCCCCCGCGGGCCCGCGGCGGCGACGCCCCCGUUCUCAUCAACGAGCUCGCCGUCGCCAAGAACAAGAGGCUCGUCGCCGACGCCACCGCCAAGGGCGCCUCCGUCGUCUACGGCGACGUCGACGCCCAAGAGGCCAGCGCCACGCGCCUGCGCCCUGUCGUGCUGGACAACGUCACGCGGGACAUGGACAUCUACGCCACCGAGUCCUUCGGCCCUUCGGUCUCCGUGUACGAGAUCUCCGACGAGCAGGAGGCCGUUGACAUGGCGAACGACACCGAGUACGGCUUGACCUCGGCCGUCUUCACCGAGGACCUCAGACGGGGACUCCGGUUCGCGCGGGAGAUCGAGUCGGGCGCCGUGCAUAUCAAUUCCAUGAGCAUACAUGAUGAGAGCAAUCUGCCGCACGGUGGUGUCAAGGGGAGUGGGUACGGGCGCUUCAACGCCGCCAGUGGUCUUGCGGAAUGGGUCAGGACAAAGGUGGUUACUUUUAAAGCAUGAUGCAAGCGAACGGAGCCGAGCUUCCUUCAUAUUCCACUGAAUAUUCUGGUGGUUGUGUCAUUUUUUGCGGGCAGGUCCCUACGAAUUCUACGCUUUUCUUGGAGUAUUUCAUCUAUACCAGGGG